AUGAAAGCUGAGGAUGCCGUUGCUGCAGCGCCGCAGCGUAUGCCUGUCAUCACGGAAGGAGGGGGCUCGCACAGUACUGCAUAUCCAGCAGCAGCACCAGCACCAGCGGCUCAGCAACACCACUGUCAGAAACCUGAGCCUGACCGCUUGGGCCCGCAAGAGGCAACGGACAACCUGGGACGCACGGUUCUGGUGCGAUAUUUCCUAGUGUUUGCGCAAGGACACAAGCCUAAUUGGAUCAUGUUAACGGCCGCAAUCACAACCGGCUUCUUGGUUAGAAUGAGUAUGUGCGUGGAGCGGAUGCCCUUGGCUUGCGCUAAGGCCAAGCUGCAGGCAGCACGGCAGCCGGCGGGGACUGGGUGGGAGCCCCCAAACCCAAAGACGAAAGAGGAUGCGCCUGUAACGCAGGGGCAGUAG